AUGGAUGAUUGGGGGGAUAUAAGCGCAGAGGAACUGGACGCCCUGGAAAGAGACGCCCUUAGGCAAUUGGCUGAACGGAACAAUUCCUCCGCCGCCGCCACAACCAGUAACAACAGGAGCUCUUCUUUUCCCGCCAACGUUCCAUCUUCUUGUUCUCCAGCCAAGCCCACAUUUCACACCAAGAAUUUGGCGGAGCGCGAUUCUUCUUCUUCUUCUUCCGCUGCUGCCAUAGCAAGAAAUAGUCGGGGAAUUAGCCCUAAAUUACCUUAUCCGCCGGAAUAUGUGAACUCUAGUCGUUCUCCGGCCAAGGCCACCUCUCACUCUCGCCCGCCAGUGGACGAUGAUAAGGCGAGAGUAUUGUCUUCGUCUAUAAUGCCACAUGCAAUUGAUGAUCCUCCAAAGCAACAGCUUCAGAAAGUUGUAGUUAAAUUUUUUCUACAUGCCACUGGAAAUAUUGCUGCAAAAUUUCCUUAUGACAAGGUACUUCUUGGAGCUUUCCACAAUAUUCCAAGAGCUAGUUGGAAUUCAAAAGAAAGGUUGUGGAUGUUUCCUUUGUCAUCACUGUCAAUGGCAGAAAGUGUUCUCCGUGAUGUCCCUAACUCUUAUGUGGAGAUAGAGAAUUUGGAUCCUCUGGUGAGACGUGCUAUUGCUGCUGCCACAUCAAUCCCAGAUCUUCAAGACCGGUAUGAUAAAAUUCCCACAAGUAUUGAAGCAAAGCUCUUGCCUUUUCAACGUGAUGGUGUCAGAUUUGUAUUGCAGCAUGGAGGACGGGCCUUACUGGCUGAUGAGAUGGGGCUAGGCAAGACUCUUCAGGCCAUUGCAGUAGCCUCUUGCAUUCGUGAAGCAUGGCCAGUUCUGGUUCUUACUCCGUCUUCCUUGCGCCUUCACUGGGCUUCUAUGAUUCAACAGUGGCUGGAUAUUGCCCCAUCAGAUAUACUGGUGGUUUUGUCUCAGUGGUGUGGUUCAAAUAGAAGCGGUUUCAAUAUAGUUCCAUCAAACAUUAAAAGACCGGUGAAUCUUGAUGGACUUUUUAACAUCAUAUCCUAUGAUAUUGUACCAAAGUUACAAGACACACUUUUGGCUUCAAAUUUUAAGGUUGUGAUCGCAGACGAAUCUCAUUUCUUGAAGAAUGGCCAAGCAAAACGGACAAAUGCGUCCCUUCCUAUACUCCAGAAAGCUCAGUACACAAUCUUGCUGAGUGGAACUCCAGCUUUGUCACGUCCCAUCGAACUAUUCAAACAGUUGGAAGCAUUGUAUCCUAAUGUGUAUAGUAAUGUUCAUGACUAUGGCAACCGUUAUUGCAAGGGUGGAAUAUUUGGACUCUAUCAAGGUGCAAGUAAUCACGAAGAGCUGCAUAAUUUGAUCAAAGCUACACUCAUGAUUCGUAGGCUCAAGAAAGACGUUCUUUCCGAGCUUCCAGUGAAACGUAGGCAGCAAGUUUUCUUGGAGUUAAAGGACGAGGACAUGAGACAAAUUAAUGCACUGUUUCGCGAGCUAGAGGUUGUAAAAGGAAAAAUUAAAGCAUGCCAGUCCAAAGAAGAGGCUGAAUCACUCAAGUUUAAGGAAAAAAAUCUUAUUAAUAAGAUCUACACUGAUUCCGCAGAAGCCAAGAUUCCUGCUGUUCUGGACUACUUGGGAACCAUAAUUGAGGCAGGCUGCAAGUUUUUGAUAUUUGCGCAUCAUCAACCUAUGAUUGACUCAAUACACCAGUUUCUUCAGAAGAAAAAGGUUGGAUGCAUAAGGAUUGAUGGCAGCACGCCAGCAGCAUCAAGACAAGCUCUUGUAACGGAAUUCCAGGAGAAAGAUUCAGUGAAAGCUGCAGUGUUGUCCAUCAAAGCUGGAGGCGUUGGCUUAACACUCACUGCAGCAAGCACAGUGAUCUUUGCAGAAUUAUCUUGGACUCCAGGGGACAUGAUUCAAGCUGAAGAUCGUGCUCAUAGGAUUGGUCAGGUCUCAUCAGUCAAUAUAUACUACCUGCUAGCAAAUGAUACUGUCGACGAUAUUAUAUGGGAUGUCAUUCAGAACAAAUUGGAAAACCUUGGACAGAUGCUCGACGGGCAUGAGAAUUCCCUACAAGUUUCUGCUGAUCUACCACAAAGCAGCCCGAUUAAAGUUGAUCAACAAAGAGGCAGCCCGAUGAAACAGAAAACACUUGAUACCUAUGUAAAGCGCUGUAGUACUUCUUACUUUGACGAGGAACCCAAGCACAAAUACCCCAGGAACUGA